AUGGAUGGCCGGAAGUCCUCCUCUGGAAUUUACUCCGUUCGUGGUUCUGUCAACGAGGCGUUCGACAUGGUGCUGCGCCACGCCCGCAACUACACGGCGCUGAUGUUCCACGGGCAGUUCCGCGGGCUGGCCGCCGCCGCCGCCGCCCCCGUGGCCGAGCUCUUCGCCGACAUCUCGCUCUACAUCCUGGGCUCGGACGGCAGCGUGGACGACAUGGUCAACUCCUUCUUCGACGCGCUCUUCCCGCCGGCCUACCGCCGCCUGCUGAGCCCCGGGGCGGGCGGCGGGGCGUCCGAGGAGUGCCUGCGGGCGGCAGGCCGGGGCGCCGGGGCGUUCGGGCCCUACCCGAAGCUCAUCAUGACCCGGAUGUCCCGCUCUCUCCUGGCCACCCGCGUCUUCCUGCAGGCGCUCAACCUGGGCAUCGAGGUCAUCAACACCACCGACCACCUCAAGUUCGGCAAGGACUGCGCGCGCUCGCUGCUGAGGCUGUGGUACUGCCCCCACUGCCAGGGCCUGCUGGGGGCCAGGCCGUGCCAGGGCUACUGCCUGGCGGUGAUGCAGGCCUGCCUGAGCCACGUGGCCGAGGUGCAGCCCCACUGGGAGGAGUACAUCGAGGGGCUGGGGGCGCUGGCCGCCAGCAUGCGGGGCGUCCACGACAUGGAGAACGUGCUGCUCAAGCUGUACGCCCUGGUCCGCGACGCCGUGCUGCACAGCUACAGGAACCGGCUGCACCUGGCCGCCCUGGUGAGCAACAUGUGUGGUCACUCCUCGCAGCGGCUGACUCGCUCUGCUCCCCCUCCUCAUCGGCCGUCUGGGGACCCCAGGGGACUGAAGACCCUAACCUUUGACCCCGAGGAAACCUUGGCUGGCCGGAGGAGGGAGUUCAUCGCCAGCCUGCGCGGGUUCAGCAGUUUCUAUAGCAACCUGCCGGAGGCGCUGUGCAGCCGGGAAUCCGCCGUGCUCAACGACUCCCUCUGCUGGAAUGGGAAGGAAAUUGCCGAGAGGUUCCCGUCCGCAGGAGCAAAGCGCGCCCAGGCACACGGCACAGAAACGAAGAACAAGGCGCCAGAGCCAGUGAUCAGCCAGAUCAUCGACAAACUGAAACACAUUAACCAGCUCCUGAGACUGGUGUCGGCCCCCCGGCGCAGGUUCAAGACCCGAUCGGGCGGGGGCGGCGCGGAGCAGGAGGAGGAGGUCCUGGAGAGCGGCGACUGCGACGACGAGGACGAGUGCAGUGGCUCGGGGCUGGGGCUGCCCCCCCGCCACAGGAGGCUGCGCAUCUUCGCAGAGCUGGCAGACGACCUGGCCAUGGAUGACCUCACCUUGCACCAGCAGCUGCUGACCCCCUGGAUGGCGACCGACGGGCACGGGGAGGGACCUGCGUCGGGGGCCGCCGCUGGAGACCCGGGGGCAGCCGGCGCCGCCGCAGUGGCAGUAUCGCUGGCACUCAGCUUCCUCGGGCCUCACUGACCAGCUCGAUCCCUCUGUCUCAGACACUUGGGCCCUCUCCGCGGGGCCACACCAUCCAGUACUUCCCAGUACUGCCCAGAACUGCCCACAAUAGGCCCAGGCAGGAAUCCUCAUAGCUUGUAAAUAGGUCCCUGCGUGCUGUUAGCUUUGGUGUCUUCUUUCUGUGUGCCAAAGGUAGCUUCUCGUCUCCCGUCUGACAGUGAAUGAACACAGGCGGAUUUAGAGUUCCUGUCCACAACUCCACUGCCUUGUUGUUUCCAGGACAAGAGCAGUGGUUCUCACUCAGACUCUGGGGUGCACAAGCCCAUGGGAAGCUCUUUUCCAAUCCCAAGAGCUCCCUGCUCCAGUGACAUCACAGCACACCUAGGGAUGCUGGGAGAAAGAGGGCUUCUCCGUGUGGUGAAAGCUGCAUGCAAGAACUCUGAUCUGUGUGAUAGGAUUCAGCCAGACUGGUACGAAAAGAGCUGCUUGUACAGUUGUUGUUGUUGUUGUUGUUGUUGUUGUUUUUUUACUGCAGCCAAACCACUCACACUCACAGGAAGGAAUGAAAGUGACUGAAUCUGUCGUGUACAAAGGCUGUUUUGUGUCUGUUACCUGCCUCUUUUGAAGUGACUCCUUAGGUCAGAUAUUUUGAUUCAACUGGGGAACAGCUCCAUAAUUUAGAUCUGUUAAGAGUGAUAACAUAUAUUUGCAGAACUAACAUUAUUGAAUGUGCUAAUUUAUGUCAUACAUGUACAGACAACAUCAGUGAUGUUAAUAGUAAUAGUAAGGGUGAUAUGAUGAGGCUGUGUGUCCUCAGAGGAGAUGUCUUGCCAAAUGUUAAUGCCUUUGGGUUGUGUAGGAGGAACUGUGUAAAGAGGAGUGCAGGAGCUCCCUGUCAGAGCUGUCACGUUAGUGUGUACUAUUCCAACUGCGCCCCUAGGGACAGCACUCAGUUAACCCUAGAGCUGGUGUACUGAUGUUGAGAGUGUCCCCAAUUACAAAGAGGGUUUGAUGAAGCGCAUUCCUCCUGCCACUGCUGACAUCACUUGUGUAAAAGGGCGAUGGGCACAUUUUAGUUGUUGUCUGGAAAGGAGGAUUAAAUGUUCACGGAUGCUGAAAAAAAUGAACGUUAAUCAUUCCACUCACGACUCACUUCUCAAAACCUGUCUCCCCCUUGACGUGGGCACUCCAUCACUUCUGGCCUGGUUUCUGACGUGGUACACUGGAGCUCUGGUAAGGCGUUGUGUCCCUGGGGGUAAGACCAGAGGGUGCUGGCUGAUUUCUCUACCUAGCCAAAAGAGACCUUGCGCCCCGUGUCUUGCAAAUUGCUCUUUCAUGUAAACUGUAAAAACUGCAUCCUGUAAUGACCCAUCACACCAUGAGCUACCAGCACUGUAGAGUUUGUAGCAGAACUGGUAGGUGAGCAGUGUGUUUUCUAGAUCUUUAACACGUGUUUCUAUUACUGAUGUAUCAAAAAGGACUUUUUAAGUCUUUGGCAGAUCCUGUAAAAUCCUGUGCAUUUGCAGAAUAGAAUAAAUUAAUACUGGAGGGACAAAACUU